AUGGCGGUCAAAAUACUGAAGCAGGGGCAAGGUCUAACGUCUACAACAAACGACCAGGGGAAAGAUGACUCCAACGUUGCCCGGUUCUAUCAAGGUCGAGUUGUUUUCAUCACCGGUGGAACGGGCUUCAUCGGAAAGGUUCUUCUGGAAAAAUUGCUGCGAUCUUGCCCAGGCCUGAAGCGGGUCUAUCUCCUCGUACGCAGCAAGCGCGGUGAAAGCCCACAAUCUAGGCUGGAAAAAAUGUUCGACUCUAAGAUGUUCGAACACCUCAAGCAAGAGCAGCCAGACGCUCUUAAAAAGGUGACAGCGCUGGCAGGAGACCUGACAGAGCCAAAGUUGGGACUAAGUGCAUUCGAUCAAGCCACCUUGGUGGAUAGCGUCUCUGUGGUCUUCCACUCCGGUGCUACAGUCAGAUUCGACGAGCCUCUCAGAGAAGCGGUACGGCUCAACGUUCUGGGCACAAGGCGUGUUCUGGAUCUCUGUAAAAAAAUGGCGAAUCUUUGCGCUUUUGUCCACGUAUCAACGGCAUACUGCAACUGUGAUAAGCCAGACGUACUUGAGGUGAUAUACCCGCCACCUAUAAGCGCCGAAAAACUCAUUGAAUCUACUCAGCUCUCAAAUGAAGAGGUGACAGACCCCGAGAAUGGCUACUUGUAUGGACAUCCCAAUACGUACACUCUGACCAAGAGUGUAGCCGAAUCACUGCUACUGGAAGAACGGGGAGACAUUCCUGCCGUCAUCGUACGGCCUUCCAUCGUCACUGCAUCGAACAGGGAGCCACUUCCGGGCUGGGUAGACAACUAUAACGGCUGCACCGGUAUCAUUGUCGUGCUAGGGCUCGGACUGCUGCAAUCAAUAUUGGCAGAAAAGAAAUGCGUAGGCGACGUCAUUCCCGUGGAUGUUGUGGCCAAUAUGCUAAUAUGCGCAGCCUGGCAUACGGCCGAGAAAAGACCUAAGGACGUCGAGGUGUACCACUGCACGAGCGGCUCCCUGACUCGACGCACGUGGGCGUACCUGACGGCCGGGAUUCAACGAGAAAUCUGCCGACUUCCGUUGCCGAAUGCCAUCCGUUUCCCCAAGUUCCAAGUGACCAACAGCCAAAUGUGGCACAAUGUCAAUCUCUGGUGUCUGCAUUACCUGCCGGCCCUCGUCGUUGACCUGGCCUUGCAGCUACACGGCCAGAAGCCGAGGUUCGUGCGCCACUACCAGAAGAUUCGCAAAGCGAUUAAUUCUUUGCAGUACUUCCAGACUCACGAGUGGCUGUUCAGGUCAAACAACGCCCUUAGACUUCUACAAGAACUUUCGCCUACGGAUGCUCAGUUGUUCGACUUCGAUGUGCGGCGCCUCGAAUGGAGAUCCUACUUCGAAAGUUACGUGUUAGGAAUUCGCAAGUACCUGUUGAAAGCUGAAGAUUCCGAGCUACCGGAAGCACGGAAACGCAUCAAACGGCUCAACGCCGUGCGCUGGUCCUUGUACUUGGGCCUGGCCGUGAUUCCUUGGGGACUUGUUGCAAAGGUGCCAACUUGGGAUACGUACUCGUCAGUGCGGGGCUUUGCCACGGCGCUCUGCGACAUGGUCGGCUUUUAGCGACUCCUGUGAUUCCAACCAUUUCCGAA